AUGGCUGGUUUGUGGACAAUAGGUGAGAUCAGGAAACCAGAAGUAAUGAAGAAUUCCGGCUCAUCCUCUAGGUAUUCAAAUGAUCAUUUGAACUAUGACAUUCUGGUGAGAAUUUUUAUGGCCCUCAAUACUGCAGAGCUACUUGUUGCCUCCACAGUUUGCAAAUCUUGGAUGCAAGCUAGUCGUAAUCAUUUACUUUGGAAUAAGCUUGAUCUUACUGCACUCAACUCUAGCAUUUUCAACGUACAAAAGAUACGAAAUACUUGGAAUGACAUAUUUUCACAAAGAAAAUUGAAUUUACUCUUGAAGUUGGGUGUAAGGCUAGGCAAUGGAAACAUAAGAUGCUUAAUAUUCAAUUAUUAUACUUACUUCAGUGACUUCCAGUUAAUCACUGCAGCUGAAAGGACUCCAAAUCUCCAACGACUAGUCUUUCCAGAUUCAGGCCACCUAUCAAAAGAUGGAAUCUACAAUGCAAUGAGAUCAUGGAGAGGUCUUGUGUCAAUAACUAUUACCUCCAUUGUCAACCGUCCUCACAUGUUUUCAGCAAUUGGCAAAUAUUGCAAGAAUCUCUCUGAAUUGAAAUUGACUUUCGACUUUGAACAACAUCAUGCUGAUGCCUUGGUUGAGCACAUCCCAAAUUUGAUGGUCUUGAGUAUCCGGUACGUAUCAGUGGAUAUGAAAGCUUUGUGCCAUGUACUCAAAAGUAUGGAACGUUUGGUGUUGGUAAAUAUAUGUCACAGUACCAUUUACGAUCUAUCAGAUUACUCCAUUGAGCUUUAUGAUAUUAAAAGUUUGAGGAAGCAUUUGAGCAUCUCCUGUCUAGAAAAGCUUAUCUCUUGUCAAGUAAACGAGUGUUGCAGAUGUCAGAGGCAUAACUAUGAUCCAAGAAGGCAUCUUGAGGAUAUUUGGCAUAAUGAUGAAGUAAGGUGUUUUGCAAUUGAUUAG